GGUUGUUUGAUUUAAGUGCCUCCGCCAGUCAAAUGAUUGUUCUGAUACGUGGAAGGUGGUAAGAUGUUUAGCUGUACGUUGGAGGCUCAUCGAGCAGUACCGGGUGUUUUUACUUGAAGACAACUACACAGCGCAAGAAACAACAUGCAUCUGUACAGAACUCUGACAAUGAUGAAAAGCAGCCUCUCGGGACCCUUCCUCCUCCUCCUCCUCGUCAGCAGUACUGUGUCUGAAACUGGAUCAGUGGUGUGGAGAAAUUACCAUUACGUCAAACUUCAUUUAACCUGGCUACAGGCUCAAAGCUUCUGCAGGACUUACUUCACUGACUUGGUCACCAUCCAUACACAGUCAGAUGAACACCUUUGGAACAUAUAUGACUAUCAUUCCUGGAUCGGCCUGUACAAAGGCACAAAUAACAAUUGGAAAUGGUCUAACGGAGAAAACUUCUACUACUCUGUCUGGGUAAAGGAGCCAGACAACGGCAAAAACUGUGCUACUAUUUAUUAUAGUAGUAAAAGGUUGUAUGGGAUAAUUGUGAAAACUCCAACUUCUUCUACUGUCAGAAGAUUAAAAAUCCCUCAUACAAUGAUUACACAUUUGUACCACAGUCAAAGUCAUGGUUGGAAGCCCAGCAAUACUGCAGGAGUGAGUUCAAUGAUCUGGCAACUUUUAGAUACAGCAGUUGGUAUUAUCCUGUCCAAAUGCAGGCAUUUCCAGUCUGGACUGGACUACACAGAGAUGGUGAAGCAUGGAAGUGGAGCAAAGGAGUGUCAGAUUACAGAAACUGGGCAUCGAAUGAGCCGGGAAACAGCGACUGUGUCUCCAUCUCCUCUUUAGGUAAAAAGAUGGCUACCCAAAACUGCUCCGACCGGUUUCCCUUCGUCUGCGUCAAGGAAAGCCAGGACCAGGAAAACCUUGACCAGGGAAACCUGGUCUUGGUAAAAGAGAACAAGACAUGGGGGGAGGCGCUGGAGCACUGUCGAGCCCUUGAGUCUCCCUAUGAUCCCGACAUGCUCUUCGAGUUGGUCAGUACGCAGCCUGGAGAAGACCAUGGUAACGUGAUGAACAAGGUCAAAGAGGCAGAAACUGAAGAGGUGUGGGCAGGCCUCCGUUUCCUGGCCGGUCAUUGGUUUUGGGUGAACGGGGCAAGUAUGCUGUACUCCAACCUGCCCCCCUGCCCCCCUGCUGAGCAGCACUGUGGAGUCUUUUCCAAGGAUGACACGGGCAGUGUUGAGAUCACAGACUGCUCUGAGAAAAGGAACUUCCUGUGUGAUGCCUCAUAAUCACCCCCAUUAUCCACAUCAGGGUGGACAUUACCAGAAGUUCAAACAGUGCACAGCGUUUGAACACAUUAUUAGAACAGGUAUCUUAUUUAGAAAUGUAAUUACUAAUUACUGCAUAUAUUUGAUCAAACUUUAUAAACUUUCGGAAAUGUCUUUGAAUUGUUUAUAGCUGUGAUCUUAUAGUAAUGUCCUACUGUCCCGAACACUUUGAGACACCAUUUUGUUGUUCAAAAACAUUCAAAACACAAUAACCAAAUUUGGAGACGCAUGGUUUUUACUGGACAGAAUUCGUAAUAGGAAGUGUCAUAACACUAUAGUAACAAAAAACCUGUCAGAUAAAUAUUGUGGAGUUUAAAGGAACAGUUUUUCCUCUGAGAUGUUAUGAAAAAAACAGUACAAUUGGAGAAAAAUAGCUCAUUAGUAAUACCAGUGAGUAAAGCACUUGAGUAAAUAAACCAAAUUACAUUUUACCAAUACAUUUCAAAAUACAUUACUUCAAAUGCACAUGAUUACUUUUUAAUGGUACUGAAUGGAAUCUGAUGACUGUCUGGAAAGUAGGAAAACACAUUGAAACAUCAAAGACGUUUUUUGUUAAACUAUUAUGAGAUGUUUUGGGUUAUGAAUAAAGACUUGACGUCAUUGCAGAUUGAUCAAA